GUGGCGUCAGAAGCGCUGGACACUCGCGAGGUGGUCGGUUCCAGCCCCCGACGGCCCCGAGGGCGAGCGAGCCGGGGCGCCCCAUAAGCGGGCGGCGGCGGUGGAGGAGGGACUGCAGGUCUGCGGGUCCGAGACUCUGGGCGGCGGCGGCGGCGGGGCCAGCGCGCACUUGAGGGAGAACCCGGAGGACGACCAUCAGCCCAGCAAUGGUGUCCAAAGAGAAGCAAGCCCUGAAAAACCUCAAAGUGGAAGAAAAUGACCAAGAAGAAAAGGAAAAAAAAGUUCAAAACGCUAAAAAAGUGGAGCCCUUGACCCUUCCGUUAGAAACUGAAGAAUAUUGUGUGCCUAGAGGCAGCCGUAGGCGAUUUCAUGUUAGGCAGCCCAUCUUGAAGUACAGAUGGGACAUGAUUCAGAGGGCUGGGGAACCAAAGGAAAGGGUGAGAGAAGAGAAUGUGGAAAGAAUCGGGGAGAUGAGACAUCUGAUGGAAAAGCUGAGGGAAAAGCAGUCUAGUCAUAGUUUAAGGGCCGUUAGUACUGACCCACCUCACCAUGACCAUCACGAUGAGUUUUGCCUAAUGCCUUGAAUCCUGUUGCUUUUGGGGAACACAUCUGCUUCCUAGAUUGUU